AUGAAGAAAACCAAGGCUGCCGCCGUGGUUCACAAGUCGGUCGUGGCCCGAAUGUGGACAGACAUAAGCAUUCUCGGGUGUGAUACUGCUGGGGUUUUGAGACUUCUUCCUGAGCAAAAGCUUACAGUUGUUAUAAGAAUGCUGUCGUAUGGUUCAUCUGCUGAUCAGGUGGAUGAGAUUGUCAGGAUGGGGAAGUCCACUACUUUGGAGAGCUUGAAUAGGUAUUAUCUAGCAAAUGACAUCUACCCGAGGUGGACCACAUUUGUGAAAUCUAUUCCACAUCCUCGAUCCGAGCAAAAAUUGUUUGCUGCCUAUCAAGAGGGUUACAGAAAAGAUGUGGAGAGGUGUUUUGGUAUCCUCCAAGCCCAGUGGCUUAUUAUUAGGGGUGCGGUGCGCAUGUUUGAUGAGGAGGUUUUGAGGAGCAUAAUGAUGACUUGCAUCAUCUUUCAUAACAUGAUUGUAGAGGAUGAGUAUGAUUACAAUACUGCAGAGGUGUAUGAACCAGAUCCUAUGAACACGGCCUUGACAAGAAUUUAUGAAAGGGUCAUGGGGCCAAGUGGAGAACCAUUGGAGCAUGAACCGUUGGUUAGGGACAGAUGUUUCAUGACUCCUAUGAUUGAUCGAUAUAUAAAGAUGCAAUCAUCUUAUAUUCAUGAACGACGUCAAGUUGACUUGAUGGAGCAUUUGUGGGUGGUGAAAGGCAAUGAUGGUGAAUGA